GCAAAGGAGAAAAAAUACUAGCUGUAGAAUGUUGGCUUAGUAUGCCUUCUAUAUCCUGAUCACAACAACCCAUAUUUUGAGUAUUAAUUAGACUACUAUCUUAAUAAAUGAUACGUACAACGAUCUAAAUAACUAUUCAUUUAGUGGGUGUAUUUAUAAGAGUUCACUUAGUUCCGAGUGUUUUUGAACGCACCUUUUCUACGGAAAGUGACGUUCCUCGGAUCAGGUCUUCUUUUUUCUCGUGUGGUAGCAGCUUCCAGAGCCAUCCAAGAUGACGACAGCUGCAAGACCAACGUUUGAGCCGGCGAGAGGAGGGAGGGGGAAAGGAGAAGGUGAUUUGAGUGCUCUAUCCAAGCAGUAUUCCAGUCGAGAUCUUCCGGGUCACACCAAGAUCAAGUACAGGCAACCUACCCAGGAUGCCCCUGAGGAGGUGCGUGCCCGUGACUUCCGCAGGGAGCUGGAGGAGAGGGAGCGCGUAGCUGCACGUGACAAGACCAGAGAGAGGGGACCAAGAGAGCACACCACCUCAUCAUCAUCUUCAUCAUCAUCUUCAAAGAGGCCAAGACUGGAUCAGAUCCCAGCAGCCAACCUUGAUGCAGAUGACCCUCUCACUGAUGAUGGUGAGGAUGAGGACUCUGAGGAGGACAGUGAUGAUGACGAUACUGCAGCUCUUCUGGCAGAACUGGAGAAGAUCAAGAAGGAGCGGGCCGAAGAGCAAGAACGCAAAGAGCGGGAGCAAAAGGCGGAGGAGGAGAGGAUUCGCAUGGAGAAUAUCUUGAGUGGCAAUCCGUUGAUUAAUUUGGCAGGGCAACAACAACAACAGAUUAACCAGACUCAGAAUACAUUCAGGGUCAAGAGAAGGUGGGAUGAUGACGUUGUGUUUAAAAACUGUGCCAAAGGAGUGGACGAGGCACGGAAAGAGAAACGCUUUGUCAACGAUACGCUGCGCUCCGAGUUCCACAAGAAGUUUAUGGAGAAAUAUGUAAAGUAAAGGUUGUGUGUUAGUGUUAUUGUUGUAUUUUUUAUUCUCAUUUCUUUGGUCUCCUCCAUCCAGUUGGUAGAUGGCAUUCAAAUACACUGUAUUAAAUGCAUCAGUCUCUGUUGUACAUAAAUGACUUCAUGAGCUACAUCGUAUGAAUAAAGCUCGAAACAAGGUGGAUUUAAAAAUUAA